GUGGAAGAUGUUGCCAUGAGGUUUGUAUCUGUGCCUUUUGGGCAGUGCGGAGAUGUUUGCUCUGCUCUGCAGCCUCAUUUCCAGCUGCAUGAAUGAGCCAUUUUGAACGAACGCUCCUCUCAGCCUGGGAUGUAGUGAAACAGAGACACCUAGUGGGCAAAGUUCGUUACUGCAUUAUGAAAGCACUAUGGAAUUAACGAGUGAAAGUGAAACUAACAGAAAACUGGUUUAGUGGUUACAUAUUAAAGACAGGCGUGUUUAGUGUGGCCGAAAAACGCGGGAGUAUCUAACCGUUAUGUCGACGCUUCAGUGCUAAUGUAGCAUAACAAAAGGGUAAUGGAGACCGACUCCUGGGAGAACAGCAGGACGGUGGUUGUCUCCGGUGUUCCCAAUGUGUUGCCCCCCGGCAGGAUAACUGAUAAGCUGACCAUUCACUUCCAAAGCACCCGGAAGAGUGAUGGAGGAGACGUCGAAAAGGUCAAAUAUCCCACCAACAUGGACGGAGUUGCGUUUGUCACUUUUGAAAACGAAGAAGAUGCAGUGAGGGUGGUGGAAAAGAAGCAGCAUAUUAUGACAGACAGCCAGUUUCCUGAAGACUUCGUCCUCACUGUGUUUCCCUUCAGCACAGAUGUGUUUUUCUACGUCCCAAGCGCUACGGUUGAUCUUUCUAUAUUCGGCGGCAAUCGGGACUUGGUGAUUGAGAGCCUGCGGUCAGCUCACAGAUCGCUGCGUUUUCGUCCUGUGCCCCAGGAGAGGAAAGUCUUCAUUGAGGGGCCUUUUGCAGCUGUCCAAGCCCUGAGAGGGGACCUCAUUUGCAGAGCCGAUGAGCUUCAAUCUGCAGUCACAGUCCAAACUGCUGGUAUUAACCCAAGAGAAACUGGUCAUAAUACGAGGUUAAUAUCUCAUCACAAGUAUGUCGACUCUGUAAGCCACAGCAGCUCUAAGAGGGAACCCGCAAGCAGCUUAUCAACAUUAUCAACACAGAGCCCAGGUAAGGCAAAUGAAAUCCAAAGACUUUUCUCAAAGACUCAAAAUGCCUCCUUGAGGCAAAAAGUUUCCUCUGAGAGUUUGGCUCCAGGGAGGAUUUUGAAAGCACGCAUCAAUGGAAAGGACAAACUGGAAGGUCAGCCAACCGAACAAAGAAAGGCCAACCACAUACAAGUGGUCGAGAAGGAAAUCAAAGCAUCUUCCUUAUCGGGCCUUCCUCAACCAGUAUAUCGCAAUAUCAACAACAGAGCCUUAUAAUGACAAUGCCUCACAAAAACAUCCCAGAGCAGGCAAGAUUUCAGCCACAGAGAUUAGAAGAGAGGGUGAUUUGGGGUCUCACCAGAGCAGCAUGGGCUGUUUGAAGAAUCCAAGCAGCUCAGCAGUGAGAAGUAAGCUCCAGACUGAAUUUAAAGAUGUCUCAAAAACCUUGGAGAGAUAUACUGAAGGUCCCGCAGUGGCGUGUGGAGUCUCUCCGGAAGGUCAGGAUGAUAUCUGGGUUGACUCUUACAUAUUCAGAUACAUCAAAACAUUUCACAAGAAGGAGUUGGGCAGAUGCUUUGCGGCCACUGACUUAUCUGUCAGGUAUGUUGUAGAAACUGACCUCAUGCAAAUAUCGUUGACUGAGCAGCAACGUUCCAAGGUGACCUCAGGAGUCCAGAAAGCCAUCCAGAAACUGAAAACUUUGUUUGAGUUUUAGCAAUCAAUCUUAAGAGUUCAUAAGAUAUUUUACCAUGAGGUGGGGCUGUCGGAUAAAUACCUAAUAAAUCAGAUCUGUGGUGUUUUCAGUUUCCAGUUUGAAGAUGUUCUUUACAUAUUUGAGGACUCCUGCAUUAAAGCCAUCAGCCCCUCAGUCCCUAGUCUGCUGUUCAAUAAGAAAAUAAAAGAAGGAAUAAUUAAAUUCAAAGACACUCUUGUAAAUUUCAGGCAAUCUAGAAGGAAUCAUGAACGGAUGUAGUUUAAUCACUGACCACAAGGGGGAGUAGUUUUCUCUUCACAAACCCUCCCCAACACUGAAAUCUAUAUUUAUCUUGUUAUUGUUACAGAUGCACUGAUUGUUGUUUGAUACUGACACUGCGAGUUUUCAUUUGAGCAGCUAAUGAUUAGAACUAUAGAAAUAAAUUAUACAGUACUGAUGCGAUAUUUAAUCAGUACUGUAUAAUUUGUGUUUUUGCUUUUUCUCUCUGUUUCUAUGGUGAAGCUUCCCCUUUGUUUAUGGAUGGGUUAAUAAUUAAGCCUUUAAACAGCAAUCCAGACUUUCUUCUCAUAGCAGUGGGGAUAAGUCUUAGUUACCCCUCAUCACAUCUUAAUUAAAGACAAAACAUAGACAAACAUCGACAGAUGUCAGCCUGUCUCACAUGACCAAAUCAUUUAGUCACAUAUUAUGUGAAAUUAAAUUAAAACAAAACUGAUUUGUCUGUGUGGAUUUUCUUGAUGAUUAUUAAGUUUUUUAUUAUUAGCAUUUUUAAGCAUUAUUAGUAUUUGAGAAUUUACUACAGUGACAUCUGUUCUACAUUUCUUUGCCUUUAGGAUUUUACUACUUAGUGUCUAUGAACCCUCGUUUUACUGGAAUGCAUGCCCUGCAUUGGGCAGCAGGGUGCGGUAGAGUACUUUCAUCUAUACUGUGGGCUGUGUAUAAAUAGAGACACUGUAGCUGCCAUGACUCGCCUCAAUAAAGCAAUUAUGGAGGCUGGGUUUGGCGAGCAGGGUGCAGAUUGGCAGGCGAAUGAUAUCAGUUGGAUGUCCCAUUAUACAUCAUCUCCCGUCCACACACAUACAGAGUGUUACAACACAGUGUUGCACCUUUUCCAAGGAAGUACGCAUUACAUGUUAUGUGUAGAAGGUUUUUUGUUUCUUUUUUUGGUUUGGAAUUAUUCAGACAAGCUUGCUGCACAGCCUCAAUAAUUGAUUCAUUAUGUAAAAAUAAGCCACAUCACCGUAAUAAACACACACAAACACAAUCAGUCAUCUCCCAGACGCACUCACUCUUACUUGUUACCAUAGAAACGUAGUGGAAGAGGUUGGCAAGCUGCAACGUUGGGCGUCGUUAAGGGAAGCUCUUGAAUACAAUGAAAACAACCAUGCGGGCGAAGGAAUUACAUUUCCAACAAAAUAACCCUUCAUCAAAGACGAGCAGAAGAGAGGCCACCGCCUGGUAACACCCAGACCUCUCUCCUACCCCUCUGAUAGCACAUCUUGAACAAUUAGCCAUCAUUGGGGUGGGGGCUGGAGUUAUUGUGGUAGAACAGAAUGAGUCAACAAGCAGACGGCAUGAAUUAUUUUUCCUGAAAUGGUUCCGACUCGGGCCUUUCAUCGCACCCACCCUCCUCAUUAUGCAUAAAGUGUAAUUAGGUACCAGCAUUUUUGAAUAUAUUAAGCAUGUGUGACUUUCAUGAUGGAGGUCAGAAACAGCAGCAGGCCAAAAAAGGAAGCAUUAGUGGAAAUCUCAAGGACGUUUGCAUCAGGAACGAGGUCUUCUGGGCUUCAAACCUGUAAUUGGGCCUCUGAACCCUGUGCCUCUGAUGAAUGUUAUUGUUCACACUUCACAUUAGAAAAUGACUCAAACCACUACAAACACUGACUGCAAAUAUAUGCAGAAUGACCACAAAGCAACCACAAAACAACAACAAACAGACAAAGUGACUAUAAAGAUAACAACUUCAAGAACAAACCAAGUGACGGACAAAAUUACAAAGACAGUUACUACAAAAAGAACAAAUAAACUACAAAAGGUUGGAAAUCAAUUUUUAAAUAAGCAUAAUGAUCAGAAAAACUAAAGGAACAAGCAAAGUUACUGGAAAGAUCAAACGAAACAAAAUUGUAGAAAUUACAAAGGCAUUCACAUUGACUAAAAACAAGCAAAGAGCAAAAAAAACCCCACUACAAAGGGCAUGCAAAAUGGGAUCCAAAACAACAGAAUAACUAACUCAAUUAUAUACAAAUAUACAAAGUUAUUACAAAAUGAAACAAAACAAAUAACCAUUCUGAUCUAAUUAUUUGGUUACAAAGAGGCAAAAGAUCAGAAAAUUACAAAAACGUAAAAGUAGCAGAAGACGGAAUUAUAGAAAACUACAAAGGCUCAAACAACUACAACAAAAGCAAAAUUACUGGAAAGUAAACACAAACACACAAAAUGACUUCAAGAGGACCCAAACAACUGCAACUUGAUACGAAAUGAAACUCGAAAUUAUGCAAAAAAACAAACAAAUAAAACAACUGAAAGUGUCUAA